GGGGCCGUGCAGCAGAGUGGGAGGGCUACGGCCGGCCGGGAGGAUGCAGCCGGACCUCCCCGUCGGCGACACGGUGCUGCGCAGCCCGCCGGCCCCCGAGCCGGCUGGUGGUUCCUUCCCCAGCUCUGAGGCCACCAAGCCACCCUACAGCUACAUCGCCCUCAUCACCAUGGCCAUCCAGAGCGCGCCCGAGAAGCGCAUCACCCUCAGUGGCAUCUACCGCUACAUCAUGGGCCGCUUCACCUUCUACCGCGAGAACAAGCAGGGCUGGCAGAACAGCAUCCGCCACAACCUCUCCCUCAACGAGUGCUUCGUCAAGGUGCCCCGCGACGACAAGAAGCCGGGCAAAGGCAACUACUGGACCCUCGACCCCGACUGCUACAACAUGUUCGAGAACGGCAGCUUCUUGCGGCGGCGCCGGCGCUUCACCAGGAAGAGGGUCCUUCGGGAUGCACCGGGCACCGAGGGGGACGAGGGACGUGGGAAGACCCCCAGGCACCGGGCACGGGGGCCGCCUGCUACCCCGCUGCCCGAGGAGGGGAAGGGAGAAGGGGGCUAUGCCUCCCCCAUGGCCACAGGGCGCCUGCCGAGCCCUGCCACUCUGCCUGAGGGUACUGGGGUGCCGGGGUGCACCGAGCCCUGCGCCCGGAGGCAGCCACCCAAGGCCAGGCAGCCCUGCCUGUUCCUGCCGGACACACCGCAGCCCAAGGGGCAAUUCUUCGCCCCCCCGGAGAGCCGCCCACCCAAGGAGACUGUCUUCGGGGGGCUCCCGGCAGCGCUGCAACUGCCCCGGCCAGGUCAGUACCCACUGCCCGGUGAGCGCCCGGCACCGCAUCCUGCCCUGCUGCCCACCCUGCUGCCCGCCCAGCCCAGGGACCCCCCGCAGGACUCCCCAGCCCCCCCAGGAACCCCACCAGGGCAGCUGGAGGGUGAGGAGACAGCCACCUCGGGGCUGGGUUCAGGCCAGCCCUUUGGGCAGGUGCCCCCCGCGUUCCCUGGCACCCUCCUGGGCACGGGCAGGACUGGGGGGUCCUGCUUCCUGGAGGGGGAGGGCUAUGCACAGCCCCCCCUGCCAGUUUUCAGCUCCUUUGGCCGGUCGGGGCCCGAGGCGCUGGGCAGCAGCUACCAAUGCCGGGUGCAGGCGCUGAGCUUCUGCAUGAAGGAGCGGCCGUGCGGCGCGGCGCUGGAGCAUCUCCUGGCAGCGGGACCCCCGGCCCCCACCGCCCCCCGCCAGGCACCCUUUGGGGCCACAGGGCUGCGGGCAGGUGAGCAGAAGGAGCCCUGGGGGCCGGGGGGCACAAUCCCACUGCAGGGGGGGAACGGCUACUCCCUGGGGCUGCCUCCCUGCCUCUACCGGACACCCGGCAUGUUCUUCUUCGAGUGAGGGACUGGCCCAUCCCGGGACACCCCCCCGGU